UUUCCAUCAAAGCUAACCCUUGCUAUAGGUAGCAAAAAUAAUGAACGAAUAUUCUAUAGUACUACUAUAUAGUACUACAAUUCACUUGGAAGUAUCUGUGUCAUCCCUUGUUCUGCAAAACCAAGGCAGAAAUCCAGCAUGUCAGACAAGGAGAAAUUUCACAUUUCCGGACCAUUGCUUUUGCCAUCAACUAUGGACUGGUCGAAUUUCCGUGACCAAAAAUCGGUUGCAGCUAGUUUUGUUCGAGGCACCUACGUUUUGGAGCUUGACCACCUCAACAAUCGACAAGGGGAAGCAUCCCUCGCGCCUCCAUGGUUCGAAUCUUUCGGUUUCGAGCUAUCCAAACCCCUCGCCGACGACCACGGCGACAUAUUCGGCGCCGUAUAUCAUCGCAAUCAACACCAGCCUAGUUGCGUGGUGGCCUUCCGCGGCACCAACACCAAAGACAUCCCCGGCUUCGUCACGGAUAGCAUGAUCAACUUCCGCAUAUGGAGUUACACGCUGGAGGAGACCGGCCGCUUCGAGAAGGCUCUAGAAGCCGUGCUUGACGCGGUCAACGACUUCGGCGUCGACAACGUCUGGAUCGCAGGGCACUCGCAAGGCGCCGCCACGGCACUCCUGAGUUCUCAUAUUCAGUUGAAAGCUCAUCAAUACACUUUUCAUCUUAAUCCACCAUUUUCCACACAAGAGGUGGCGAUCUAG